GCCAUGACGCAAAACCUGAGGAGGGCUCUGAUUGGUUCGAGCUGACGGGCUCUUGCUGUUGCUGUGUGGGAAGAGACGGCUGAAGCUGCCGGUAUCUGAUGAGGAGCCGGGAGAGGGAAAACAGGGAUGCCGUCUUCAUAAGAGAGGAACCUGAAGAUGAAACCGGUAAAGAAAAGUACAGGCCCAUCGCACAGCAAGACCCCCAACUCCACUCGAGGAAAGAAACCAAAGAGGAAAGUGGAGGAAGGGAGGCAGGAGGAGGAAGAGGAGCAGGAGGAGGAAGAGGCUACAGAACAAGGGGAAGAGGUGGCUGAAGGCUCGGGUCAGCUCCUGGCAUCGGUGGCUGCGAGGAGGAUGCAGAUGAAGGUGGAACUGGCGGCGAGAGGCAUGGCGGAGACCCAAGAGGGCACGCCAACGCAGGCUGGAGACCUGCCGGUGCACGAGCGGAAGGUGGAGGACGAGACCCAGGCUGGGAAAUCUCAGCUGUGCUCGGAGGUCUCCGGCGAUGACCAGUUGAGUAACAAAUCAAUGUACGACCCCGCUCGAUGGGAGAUGCCUUUGAGCAGGAAGACUGCCACUUUCAAGUCCAAAGCCCCCAAAAAGAAGUACGUGGAAGGCCACGGGGCACAGGAGGGCCAAGAGGACUCGUCCAGCAGCAGCGAAGGGCCGUCUGCUUUGCAGGAGUGUAGCGCGGAUCAGACGGUGACUCCGUCUCUCGUUGCGGAAGACAUGUGCCCUUCUGUGCGCUCCUCCUCCACGGACACGGCGAGCGAGCACUCGGCAGACCUAGAAGAGGAAACGGAGAAAGCAAGUGCGGAAGUAGAGGCGCCGCGGAGCUCCUGGGCCGAGUUUGACCUGCGGCGGGUGCAGCCUCAGAGGGUUCUGGUCAGGAAGGGGGAUGCCUUCCACGUGUGCCAGGUGAAGCAGGUGUGCAGUAACCGUGAACUGGCUGUGCAGUUCCCCGGGGAGCAGACCAUUGCCUUCCUGGAUGUAACGCAGGAACCGGUCCUCCUAGACCAGAUCCCGCAACCGGGCGACGUGGAGGAAGGAGCGGCGGUAUGCGCGUGCGUGGCCACCGGAGACACAACCUUUCGAGAGGGCAGCGUGGUGGAGAUAGUCCAGAAGCCGUUGUCUUACAAGGUUUGUUUCCAGCAGAACCCUGGCCGGAGGGACCGCGACUACGGGUGGAUCCCUCACGCUCACAUCAGGCUCCUGCGUUCUACUUGGUGCAAAGAACCGAUGGUCAUAGUCCACAGAGUUGCAGAGGAGAAGCAAAAUCAGACGUUAGGAAGAUUUGCAACGUCUCUACCUAUGGGCAAGGCCUCCGGGGGAUCCAUGGAGAUACCGGAGCCCCUACGUAACUCCGAGCAGAAGCAUUUGGAAGAUGCAGAGGUAUCUAAGAUAAGUUUCAGCAUGCCGGCCAGCGAGGAGAAAGUGGCUUCUGCGCAGCACCAUAUUCUUUCUCCUCCUAAGUCCCCGGCGUAUGGCAUGAUCCUGGGCCGCCUGCCAGAACAGCAGUCCCCGUUACUCAGCCCGGACGCGGGAAGCCGCAGCAGCUGCAGCAGCGUCUCGCUCGAUAAAUGUAGCACCCCGGGGUCCCGUUCCCGGACCCCUCUGACAGCUGCCCAGCAGAAAUACAAGAAGGGGGACGUGGUGUGCACCCCCAACGGGAUUCGGAAGAAAUUCAACGGUAAGCAAUGGAGGAGGCUGUGCUCCCGAGACAGCUGCAUGAAAGAAUCGCAGCGCCGCGGCUACUGUUCUCGACACCUGUCCAUGCGCACCAAGGAGAUGGAGAGCAUGUCCGACGGCAGAGGAGGCCGGGAGGGCAGCGCGGAGUUCGAGUGGGAUGACACCUCGAGGGAUAGCGAGGUGAGCAGCAUCCGCACCGACUCCCGGCCUCGCCUCGUCGCCCCCACUGACCUCUCGCGCUUUGACUUCGAUGAAUGUGAAGCUGCCAAUAUGUUGGUGUCUCUGGGCAGCUCCCGGUCCGGAACCCCGUCCUUCUCACCCGUUUCUAACCAGUCCCCCUUCUCUCCCACGCCGUCCCCUUCUCCGUCACCGCUCUUUGGCUUCCGACCCGCUAACUUCAGCCCCAUCAACGCCUCCCCCGUCAUCCAGCGGGCUGCCCGGAGCCGGCACGUGAGCGCCAGCACCCCAAAAGGAGGAGCCGCUCUGACCCCGGAGAUGUCGUAUCACCCCCACCACCGAGAGAGGCAGCCGGCGGGCAUCGUACCCUCGUUCCAGACCAACCUCACCUUCACCGUGCCCAUGAGCCCCAGCAAGAGGAAGCCCGAUUCCCACCACGGCAGUAACAGCUCCGCCGCGGACUUCCAGAAGAGCGACAGCAUGGACUCGGGAGUGGACUCUGUGUCUCAUACGCCAACGCCCUCCACGCCGGCCGGCUACCGCUCCCCUGGCCACCUCUUCUCCCGCUCCCAGCAGGCAUCCCCAUCCUUGCUUUUAUCCCCUCCUGCUGGCCUGACUUCCGACCCUAGCCCAACGGUCCGCCGCGUGCCCGCGGUGCAGAGAGACUCUCCUGUUAUUGUUCGCAACCCCGAUGUGCCCCUUCCCUCCAAGUUUGUGGAGAAACCCCCGGACGGCGGAUCCCGUGGCAUGGGGGCCGCCGUGGCAGGGGGUGGCAGCCCCCGACGCAUGGCUAAAGUUUGCACUAAGGACCAUCCUUCCAAAACGCAGCUUCAGAUUCCGGUGCCUAUCAAUGCCACGCAGAUACAGAGUGUGGCACGAACUAUGCCCUCCGGGCAACCGGCCACGGGGGAGUCUGCCACAUGCACCUCAUCCGGCCCAGCGGACCACCCUCCGGCCGUGUUCAGCGUCUCCUCUCCAUUCCAGCCCGUGGCUUUCCAUCCUUCGCCUGCAGCCCUGCUGCCAGUUAUCGUCCCCAGCGACUACGCCAGCCACCCCGCGCCCAAGAAGGAGAUCAUCAUGGGCCGGCCCGGCACAGUCUGGACUAAUGUGGAGCCGCGGUCUGUCGCCGUUUUCCCUUGGCACUCCUUGGUACCUUUUUUAGCUCCCAGCCAACCUGACUCUUCCGUCCAACCCUCCGAGGGGCAGCAACCCGUCGGUCACCCUGGGGCAUCAAAUCAGAGCAAAGAGCCCCCGGAGUCUGCGUCGGUGGCACACGAGCCAAUGACCGUGCCUGGGAACGAGGACGAGAGGUCUGGCGCUCCCCACACAGAUGCUGCGCCUCCGCCACCCAGCGAGGAGCUCACGAAACAGCCGCAGCACCAAGAAAGCGCAUCCCAGGGAGCGGCCGGUGACCAGAGAGCGGAUAGCGAGACUGAGAGCGACCACGAUGACGCAUUUUUCUCUGGCGCGCCGGCAGAGUUGCAGCUUCCAGUGCAUGCUGGGAAGCGGAGGACGCAGUCGCUGAGCGCCCUGCCCAAGGAUCGAGACUCUUCUUCGGAGAAAGAUGGACGCAGCCCCAACAAAAGAGAGAAGGAUCACAUUCGCCGUCCUAUGAACGCGUUCAUGAUCUUCAGUAAGCGCCACCGAGCUCUGGUACACCAGCGGCACCCAAAUCAAGAUAAUCGAACCGUGAGCAAGAUCCUCGGGGAGUGGUGGUAUGCGCUGGGACCCAAAGAGAAGCAGAAGUAUCACGACUUGGCUUUUCAGGUGAAAGAAGCACACUUUAAGGCUCAUCCGGACUGGAAAUGGUGCAACAAGGACCGCAAGAAAUCCAGCUCGGACGUGAAGCCGGUCCUUCCGGGCCACUGGGGGAUACACAAGGAAAUGAGAGAGAGAAGCAUGUCUGAGACCGGGACCACCGCAGCCGCAGGGGUUUCCUUAGAAGGACCCCCUUCAGGUCACCUUCUGGGGUCUGAAACAAAGCUGGGUGCCCCCUCAUCUGGAUUGCCCCCAGGGGACCGCCUCCCUCCCUCGUCCAGCUCCACGUCUCAACUACCCAGACCACGGGCUUUCUCCCACAGUGCGGUGCAGAGCAUUGAGCACAGGGAGGACAGCCAGGCUCUGCAAGAGCUAAAACAGAUGUGCUCCAGCCGCUCUCCAUACCCUAAUCAGAAAGCUGCGUUCGAGACCCCAGAACCCGCCACAUUCCCGGCUCCCCCGCACAGCUCGGCCUCCACGUGCCCCGCGUCCCGAACUUGCCCUUCCCUGCUUGGUUCAUACCGUCCUCAGCGCACAGUCAGCGAGGACAUGACCAGUGAUGAAGAGCGCAUGGUUAUAUGUGAGGAAGAAGGCGACGAUGAUGUCAUCGCGGACGAUGGCUUUGGCUGUACAGACAUAGACCUGAAAUGUAAAGAGCGUGUAACAGACAGCGACAGUGACGGCGUAUCUGGGGACGAGGUCGAGGACAAGGUUCCUCCCCAGGGCGUUUUUCCGCCCGUUAUUCGACCCUCCUCGUUGUCUGGCGCUUAUUCGAUCUCCGAGGACCUGAAAUCAGAAAGAGCACCGAACAUUUCGCAAUCUCCCAAACCGAGUGAUCACCCGCAGGCAUCUUUUCCACGUGGAUAUCCGCCGUUGCCACCUGCAAAGCCCCCUCCAAGGUCCCCAGCACCGCAUCCUUCCAAAAGACCCCCAGAAGUGCGCUUCACCAUGGUGGACCCCAGUGCUGGCUACAAGAGGAAGCGGAGUGUAGAGUGCGGUGGGCAGAAGGUCUCGGUGGACGGUGCCUUGUCUGGUCAGUACGCCGUUUGCACCACUCAGUCCGUCAUUUCCUCGGGUCCACCUCAAGCCCUGGUUUUGCCCAGUUUGCAGAGCACCCACCCUUCCAGCAUUGUUUACUCCUCAGCGCCUAGGCUCUACGAAGGAACCCGAGGGCCGGCUGACAGCCGCGCGCAGGUACCCGCCGCUGGCACCGUGCUUGUGUCAGGCCCCCAAGGAAUGGGUGUUGUGUCCGCCGGACUGAAAGCAGCCUCCACCGCGGUCACCAAUGUGGUGAAACCGGUUAGCAGCACGCCUGUGCCUAUUGCAAGCAAGCCCCUGCCGGUCCACCGGAGCGGCAGCAGCAGUGAUCUGUGUGAGGGCAGGUUACCCGGCUCACCUGUGGGCAUAGGGGUGGUGUAUGCCCACGAAAGGAAGCCAAUUCAACAUCUGGCAUCCCCAGCUCCUUCACCCCAUUCACAAAACAAGCCAACCGGUGGGCUGGUCACCAACCUGGUGGUUGGAGCCCCAAGUUAUGGACAGCCGGCACCCAGCUCCGGGACCGGGGCUGCCCCAGCUCCAGUAACCGCACUGCAAUUCAUUACGCAGAAUCCCACCGGGAGUCCCAACGGAGCCGUUCCUCUGGGAAUCCUGCAACCACAGCAGCUCGUCCCCGCCGCCCAGGGCAAAAGGGGCAGCAUCACCCAGGUGCAGUACAUCCUACCCACCAUUCCACAGCAGCUGUCGGGGGGCACAGCGGCAAGCAUACACUUCACCCUCCCGCCUGCCAACGCCAAGGUCAUCGCGGCCCCUCAGGCCCUUCCGAUUGUCCAACCCGGUCCAGCCGCCAGCCCUUCGUUGGGAAUAGUUUCCGCUCCUAGUAAAGCUCAGUCUGUGUCUCCUGCCCCCUCUCCGGGCAGUUCUACCCAGCUGCUGCCUGGCACCGGAAUCCUUUCUCCCAGCACUCCGGUUCAGGGCAAGAUGCUAGUGCCGAUGACUGCGCCUCAUGUCACCGUACGGACUGGCCCCGCCACGCAGUUGCCACUAGUCGCCCCACCUUUCCCAGUCCAAAAUGGAGGCCAAGCCGCCAACAAGAUAAUCCAGAUCACUCCGAUGCCUGUGGUGCAGUCGCCCGCUCCAUCCCAGAGUGCCUUAGUAAACCCGGGCAGUUCCACACUCCAGAGUGCUAUCCCUGUCACCAUGGCCACCGCCACCAUGAUGGCGGCAUCCUCCCAGCCGCAGAAAGUGAUCUUGCCAUCCUCUACCAGGAUCACGUAUGUGCCCUCCGCGGGGGCUUCCACGCUCCCUCUGGUGACCAGUAGCUCCCACUGCCAGACAGCGGCCCCAGGUUCUGCAAGUUGCGUUCAAGCCCAACUUGGCGCUGGAUCCAUGGCCCUUGGGUUUACAACCAUAGGACCGAGCGGCCAGGCAAUCGUCCAGCCGUUAUUAGCAGGUCAAAGUCAGCUUCUUACCCCGGGGCACGUGGCGGUCUCUCCAGCCUCCACACCUCCAGUGUCGUCGUCCUGCGGUAGCCAAGUCCUAACGGCCAUCUACCCCACCGUGGGCUCCAGCGCCCUGACCGUUCCAGCGCCUCCCGCCGCUCAGAGCCUGGUGUACACCGUGGCAAGCACGGGCACUAUGGCCACCGCGCCGGCCACCAUCCUGCCCAAAGCCAUCACGUCCCCCCAGACAAUCGGCGCUCCGCUAGUGCCCUGUACCGGAGGAAGUGCCACGCAGGCUACCACCGUCACUGCUGCCUCGGUUACCUUCAGUCUGGUGACACCAAAGUCUCAGCGGAACCUCCCAAAGCCGCCUCAGAAAGUGAAAGCUGCCAUUGCCAACAUUCCAGUGGGGUCAUACGAGACCACGCCAUCGUCCUCGUGUGUGCGCGUCGCUCCGCGCCACUCUCCUUUGCCCCCGCGGGAGGAGAACGCCGAGUCUAGGUACCCAGGAGAGCCUCGUGGGAUGUCAAUGAUUCGAGAAACCCCAAAAGAUCCCCCCGCAGCCUCAGCGAACCCCUUCCCUCCUGCGUCUUCUCAAGACCCGGCACAAGCAAAGCAAAGGGGGUCAGAAGAUCGCUCUCCCCGGGAUGGGUGGGCGAAAAGUACGGGAGAAGAGAGAGCCGCGGCCUCCCCUCAACAGACUGGAGCCUCCGUGCUUCCAGAUGACAAGCGAGAGUCCCCGCAGUCGCCCACCAUCAAGAAAGAGGCCGGGUUUUCGUUAGACUGGAAAGUGAAUGCGCCGGAGAGCCGCGCAGAAACGGCCAGUGCCUCGCCUGCCCCUCCACCGCCCUCCUCUCCUGCAGCCGCUCCUGCCGCCCCGAGCGUAAGCGGUGCGUCGGGGGAUGCUGGACGGGCUUCGGGAUCCCUGCCCGAGGCUUCCGAAAGAAAGGACGUCCCUGCCAAGAAAGUGAAAGUGCGUCCGCCGCCCCUGAAGAAGACCUUCGACUCCGUCGACAACAGGGUCUUGUCAGAAGUGGAUUUUGAGGAGCGAUUUGCAGAACUUCCCGAAUUUAAGCCCGAAGAGGUGCUGCCCUCCCCUACGCUGCAGUCUCUCGCUACCUCGCCUCGCGCCAUCCUGGGAUCCUACCGCAAGAAGCGCAAGAACUCUACAGACUUGGACUCCUCCACGGAAGACCCCAUAUCCCCCAAGAGGAAAAUGCGCAGGCGCUCAAGCUGUAGCUCUGAGCCCAACACACCGAAGAGCGCCAAGUGCGAGGGGGACAUCUUCACUUUUGAACGAACAGGAAGUGAGGCCGAUGACAUGCUGGCAGAGCUGGAAUAUGAAAAGGUCCCUUACUCCUCGCUGCGCCGCACGCUGGAUCAAAGACGAGCCCUGGUCAUGCAGCUCUUCCAAGAACACGGCUUCUUUCCUUCUUCUCAGGCCACGGCUGCCUUCCAGUCUCGCUUCUCAGACAUCUUCCCCACCAAGGUGUGUCUGCAGUUAAAGAUCCGCGAGGUGCGUCAGAAGAUCAUGCAGGCGGCGACCCCCACGGAACCUCCUCCGUUCUCGGAGCAUCCUUCCCCCAGCACAUCAGAGGCCGGACCCUCCGACAUGCAGCCCCCUCAGGAUUCCGGUCAGAGGCCAAGCGAGCCCCCCGAAACCACAUGGGAAGGCGGCCAGGAACCUCCUGAACCUUCAAGCAGCAGAUGAGUGGCCAAGGAUUUCCCGCGAUGUGUAGGCCACCAAAGUGACCUCCGAGACUGGUGGGCAACCUCCUUUUGAAGGAUACCCUAGUCCGAAAUGAGGUUAACUACUAGUCCAUCUGCGUUAAACUUUGCUCUUCAUGCAUAGACAAUCCACCCGCUCCAGAGUAGACUCUGCUGGCGACGGUAUUCCCUUGAAGGCUACCUAGAGGGCACCCAACCUGCAACGAGGCUCCUGUGUGACCGGCGAGAGACACAAGGCAGUGCCGUCAUGUCCUUAGAGACAUAUGCACAUUGACUCACGUCAUACCUGGCACUGCCACGUCUCUCUCCCACCACUUGGAGCGCGGGAACCACGUCACGUCAACCAAUUGUGUAAAACUUUGAAGAGGUCAGGGCCGCCCCGGGCUUCCGUGGAGGCAUCUCCCACGUGGCUGAUGAUGCCAUCAAACCAGACGGCGGUGGCUCGGGACACGGACUGCGCUAGAAGCGGACGCUGAAGCGGACGGCAGCGGCUGCGUUGGAAUAGCAGAGCGUGCCGCGGAGCGAUAUUGAAACGUAGCGAUGACCGAGUGUAUGGGAAGUGUGCACUUAAAGCAUAAGGGGCCAUGAGCACGGUGGCCGACAAUACGGGACACGGCACGGGUGCGAUGACGACUAUAUUCGUUGCACAUGUGAUUGCACCGGUCUGUGUCCCGUCGCCGUGGACAGAAGUGCCGCGAUUGGGCGAUAGGGAGGGGUUUUUAGUGGAAAUCCUAUUUUCUUAAGACACUUUAGUUGGAUAAGCAGCAGCUGCACUGUCGAGAGCUGUAUAAAUAUAUAAAUAUAUAUAUAAAAAAUAUAUAGACAUUUUUAUGCAAGACGAGUGAUUAAAUUCAGUCUGAUCGGAUCAUGCCAGCGUACUCGUGUAUGCACUAUGUGUAUUCCAGUUAUAUACACGUAUGUGGAUAUAUCCGUAUGAAUGGAGCUUAGGGGUUGGGGCGCACGUGGCCUCGCUAUUCCUCCCCGUCCCCCAAUGGUAACGGACAUAUUUGCCCACAGACUGCCCCUCCAUUAUACUCGUCCACAACCCCCCCUCCAUCUUUUUUGCCAGCAGACUGUAUACGGUCUAAGUAGUGCAAUUGUAAGCUCAGAGGGCCGAGUACAGUCGCUAUGGUAAUGUAUACUAUUGUAUACUAAAUUCCUUGUUGUCCAACUUGCGGCCCUCUUAGUAUAAUUGGAAUUAUGUUUCAUAAGUCAUUUACGUUUUUCACCCACCCUCCCGCUGGGGGCCGAGUUGGACAGCACUGAUUUAGGGCUGUGUACAGUCUUAGUGAUUAUAUACAAUUGUACGCUAAUAAAGAACGUGUAGUCAUAUACA